CCGCCACUUCUCCAGGGCGCGGCGCGGGCGCGAGGCUCUUCCUUGGCCCGCAGCGGUCCCGGCAGCGCGACGAGCUCGGGAGCGGGCAUGCGGCCGGUUCCGCAGCCCCGCGCUGCGCCGCGCCCUGCUCCGCCCGCGAGCCCCGAGCUCGCGCCCCGCGCACUCCGCGGCCUGCGCGUCUGGUCCUCCCGCGCCCUCCCGCGGCCAGGGGCGGGGGCGGCGCGCGGCCGGCUCCCCGGAGCUCCGCGGACGCAGGCGGGGAGCGUGCGCUGGGGUCCCGUCUGCUCCGGGGGGCAUAGCUGCGAGGGGCGGCGCCCCGCGGGCCGCGCUCGGGCCCGGCUCGGCCGUCCCCACCCCCACCGCGGUGCACUGCGGCGCGGAGAGCCGGGCGGCCAUGAACUCGGCCGCGGAGCGCGCGCACGGGCCGCCGCCUGGCCUCUCCCCACCCGCUCGCUGGCCUGCGCGGCCCCCGGGGCGCCCGGCCCCCACGCCCAACCGCGGCCCACGCCCGAUCCCGCUCGCACCGCGCUGCGCCGCCACAUCCUGCAGCUGGCUGCUGCCCGAGCUCGGCGGGAACGCGCCUCCUCUCAGCCGCCCCGCCGCGCCCGCCGCCGGCUGCCCCCGCGUCCCCGCGCCCGCCCCGGCCCUUUCAGCACCCGGCCCGCGCUUACCUGCAGCUUGGCCCAGCUACAGAAGCUCGCCGUGGGCUCCCUCGUUCGGCAGCGCGCAAGCCAGGACGGGAUGGACGCGGGGGCACGAGAUUGACAACGACAUCGCAAAGAUCAGGAUGAGGAUAGCAUUUUAUACAAAAUGAUUGGCUUACACAAAAGAUAUAUUUUCAGCACGUUCAACAAGAUGAUGAUGACUGUAUCAGCUCAGAGCCAGUCCACCGGUAUUUUGCAAAGGCCAUCCAACCAGUGACAGAACAAAGAUGGCAGAAACCCAAGGGGGAAACCUUCAAAAUAGGAUGGAAGGAAGUAGCCUCAAAAAAGGAUUCCUUGGGGUCUGUAAAAGCUCUGAAAAGUUCUCCAGCAUAGGACAUACCAGCCACUAGCUUCAUCUUUGACAGUUUCCUUUUCUUACAUCUUACCUGAGUGUUUCCCCAACCUCUGCUGAAAGCAACAGAAGGUGCUGCAUUUCUCGAUACUGAUGGCUGAAUUCAAGCCAUCAAAACUGGAUGAUUAGAAAAUUUAUUGUCUCCUUCUGGGUGCUUGAAGUCUGGACUCCAGGUGUCCUUCUGAAGCUUCCGUCUCCCCACCCCAUUAAUUUAUUCCUUUGUUCAGUUUACAUCCUGGUCACAGUCUCCCUCUCCUCCCAGUGCCCCACCUCUAAGGAAGGGGUAGGUCUAUCCUGGGGAACCAACCUACCCAAACACCUCAGGUCACUGCAGGACUAGAUACAUCCUUUUCCUCUGAGGUCAGACAACAUAGUCCAAACAGGAGCAGGAUCCACAGGCAGGCAAUAGAAUCAGGGUAAGCCCUUGUUCCAGUUGGGGGACCCACAUACUGGACCCACAUAAAGAUCAAGCUGCUUAUCUACUACAUAUGUUUCGGGCAGAAGGUUAGGGGACUAGAUCCUGUCUUUGUAUGCUCUUUGGUUGGUGGUUCAUCUCUGAGAGCCCCCAAGGGUCUAGUUCUUAGUGCUUGAAAUCUGAACUCAAGGUGUCCUUCUGAAGGCUUUAGAAACAUUUUUCCUUGUGUGCCUGAGUCCCAGUGUUCCAUACAGUCUUUAUCAUACUAUGUUGUGAUGCUAGCCCAUUUCACCAUAUCUGGAAUUCACUAAAAACCCAACUGACUGGGUGCACCUGUGAGGGAUAUUUAGUUAACAGAUCAUUUGAGAUAGAAAGACCUAUCUGGAAUCUGGAUCAUUUGAGGUCAGAAACCCUACUAUAAAUCAGGGCUACACUUUCUCGUGGCCACCUUUAUAAAGGACAAGGAAGAAAGAGGCACCUGCUCUUCUCCUGAUUGUCCUUGAUCUCGAGUCACUGGCAUUAGAGCCUUCAGAAUUCUGAUGUACCCGAAGACCAGCUGAGACAUCCAGCUUCGUGGACUGAACAAUUAACGUCUGCAUGACUGGAUUUUUCACUAGGAGAUGGCCAUCGUUAGACUAGCUGAUCAUAGCUUAUAAGUCACUCUAACCAUUCUCUGUUCCUCUAAAUAACCCUACCUAGAUGACACAUCCUAAAAUAUAUUGUUACCAUGCUGAUCUCCGUCUCCAUCCUCACCUGGCCUCAGAGUGUGUCCAUGCCUUCCCCUCUUGUUAUAUGGACAAGUCAUUAGAUGUUGGUCUAAUUAAGGAUGGCUGCUUCUGAAAUGAUCAUGUUUGCCAAGGGAGGUCACAUUCUGGGCUCCAGAUGGAUUUACAAGUUGGGAAUUCACCAUUGACCCACUAUAUGUUAUUAUACUGUAGUACUGUGGAAUUCAAAUAUAUAUAUUUCCUGUCUUCUGUCUUCCAUUAGAUAAUGUGUACUGGGUUGGCCUCAGGCAUCUUGUAUUCUAAUGCUAAUUUGGGGCACCCAAGAUUGGUUGGCCCACAGAUGAGACAGUCUGCACAUAGACACUAAGCAUUUCUGCCCACAGUUCAUUGUGAAUGGCAAAUAAGAUGCCAACAGCCAAUAGCUGGGCAGAGGAGACAAGGGUGGGGUUUUCGAUUUCCUGAGCUUAGUGAGUGGAGAACAAAGAAGAGAAGAACGUGCAGGAGAGGAGGAAAGAGAAGCCGCCAUGGGUGAGCUGAGCCAUGAAAACACGGCCGACCACGUGGGCUGGCCAGUUGGAGUUAGGAGCAGCCCAGAUGGGACGCAGUAGACAGUGGUGAUAACUCGGGGUUAUUGCUAGGACAGCAGAUUCUCACAGCACGGAGGGUAGGCAGCCCAGCUAUUGUGCUAUUUAGGGCUUAUUGUAAAUAUAAAGGCUCUGUGUGUGUGUGUGUGUGUGUAUGUGUGUGUGUGCUUAUCCAGGAACAUGGAUAACCAAUAAAAACGUGGACGAAUUCCCAGGAUUUUAAAUAUUUGCUGCUGCAUAAUGUGGUCCCCGAGGGAGGCCUAGACAAUGCUGUAUUGACCUUCUGCUGUCAACUCCAGCAUCCGGCACAGGUUGAUCAGCUUAUAUCUCCUUCUUUCUUUACCAAUUCGAUUUCCUCUAAGUUGAUUCCCCUGAUCUCUUCCAACUUCAGCUACUUUUGUUCUUUGCUUCCGGUUCUUCAGUUGCUAUUCCAUCUUCAAGGUAUCACUAUCAAUGCUGCCCUAAACAGUUCUGUAAAGCAUGGGAGCCCUGAGAUGUUAGAGCAGCCUACAGCAUCAUAUUGCCAAUAGAUAAGAGUGAAAGGUAGGGGGCUGGAGGGAUGGUUCAGCUGUUAAGAGCACUGACUGCUCUUCCAGAGGUCCCGAGUUCAACUCCCAGCAACCACAUGGUGGCUCACAACCAUCUGCAAUGGGAUCUGAUGCCCUCUUCUGGGGUGUCUGAAGAGAACCAUGGUGUACUCACAUACAUUAAAAUAAAUAAAUAAUGCUUUUUAAAAAAGAAAGGUAGACGGUGUCUACGUUCAUGGCAUCAGUGCUUAGGCAUGUACUCGUUUUUCAUGAAAUACAUACAUGUCCUUCCAGGCUUGACCCAGACCUCCCUUACUUGUGACUCCCCAAAGCUUAAGUAAUGCAUCAAGUUGCUGACAUUUAACACAGAUUUUCAAAGUACUACAAGCUUAAGUACAUAGAGCUUAUGUGCAAGUAUGAGUAUCUGGAAGGAGCCUGUUAGCAGGCAGAGCCAUCUGGCCACACAGGAGACUACGGUGUUUAUCUCAGGGAGAUGAUAAACUCACCUCAAAGUAGCUUGCUUCGUCCUCUCAGAGACAAGGGGUUAAAAGCCCAGAUGGUUCUCCGGUGUAGCCAGAGCGUUGGAGGUGGGGGCAGGAGGAGGGCAAGUUCCAGGCCAGCCUGUCCUCAGCAGCAAGACUGCAGAUCAAGACGAAACAAGAUGGCCCAGGUUGUGUGAUUCUCUGAGCCACCGGGCAUCUUAACUCUCUCCAGCUUGCUGUCAUCACAACUUAUAUCCCUGCUUCCCAAAGCGGGCCCCUCACCCUUGACUGUGCAGGUGCAAGCCUUUAACCCCAGCACUGGGAGGCAGAGGCAGGUCGAUCUCUGUGUGUCCCAGACCAGUCUGUCUCAAAACCAUGGGGAGCAGGGCAGGAGACAUGGAAAAAGAACCCCCAGACCAACCAUUAAAAAUUAGGAAGUUCAAAAGCCAAGAAUUACAAAGUAGUUGAAGGAUUUUUUAAUUUGAAAGAAAAAGACCAAGUGAACAUAUUAAAGGAUCUACAGAGUCUUGUCAGGAGAGAGAG